AUGAAAGAGGUUUCAGCCAGCACAAGCAACGCUUUUUCUAUCAACGAUACCCCUUUCAACACUUACAUUCACCAUCUUACUCGACAGAACCAGGAAGAAGCGAAGACCUACUGGGAAAAGAGGUUCGCCGACCUUUCCAACACACGGCUCUUUCCCCAGUCACAAGAUCCCGACCAUCAGCCAUUAGCAACAGACUCGCUCCAUCGCAUUCUCGAGCUACAGCAUUCCAAAAGACAGGUUCAUUUGCAAGGCAAGACAGACAUAGUGGCUCAGACAGGCUGGGCCCUCACUAUCUGCCAAUACACAGCAAACAGCGAUACUCUCUUCGGCACCAUCUUGUCCGGACGAGAGUCUGCUGCUGCCAGUAUCGAAGGAAUAGAGGCCAUCGUUGGACCAACUAUAACCACUGUUCCAGUUCGAACAAUCUUCAACUACGACUCUUCCGUAUCGGAUCUCAUUACCGCUGUGCAAGACGAUAACCUCAAUGCGAUUCGCUUUUCUCACAUUGGCUUGGCUUGGAACAAACGUCUCGUAUAA